ACCUGCCUAGAGAAGCAGGCGAUGGGCUCCACUGUCACAGUCGCCGACAUGAAGUGUCAACAUUAGCCGCUGUCGUCCUGUGGAAAGUUGACAGGCAGAGUUCGUGUGUAACGUCGCGCUAUCGCUCCGAAAAAACACUUCGAAAAUGAUGCGCUUUAUGCUGCUGUUCAGUCGGCAGGGCAAGCUGCGGCUGCAGAAGUGGUACACGGCCACAGCGGAGCGCGACAAGAAGAAGAUGGUGAGGGAGCUGAUGCAAAUAGUGCUGGCGCGCAAGCCCAAGAUGUGCAGCUUCCUCGAGUGGAGAGACCUCAAGAUUGUCUACAAGAGGUACGCCAGCUUGUAUUUCUGCUGCGCCGUGGAGGAGCAGGACAAUGAGCUGAUCACACUGGAAGUCAUCCACCGCUUUGUCGAGCUCUUGGAUAAAUACUUUGGCAGCGUGUGUGAGCUGGACAUCAUCUUCAACUUUGAGAAGGCUUAUUUCAUCCUGGACGAAUUCCUGAUGGGCGGGGAGAUCCAGGACACAUCAAAGAAAAGCGUCCUGAAAGCCAUUGAGCAAGCUGACAUACUGCAGGAGGUCUUUGAAUUCUUUCAAAUGAAUUUGAAUUACAGUUUUCAAGGUUUUAAAGGAAGACGAGUCACCCAGGAGCGUGCUGGAGGAGAUGGGCUUGGCGUAGUGACUCUGCAGACCACAUAAGACUGAGCACUGCUUGUGUAUGUCUUCAGUGGCUCUUACACUGUGAUAAUUCACAGUGUGUAACUUGGGACUCUUGAAUGUGUGUGUGUGUGUGUGUGAGAGAAAGAGACUUGUGCAGGAAAUUGCACAUAUCGCUUGUGUGUGCAUUUGUGCGUGUUUGUAUGUUUAGAUUUUUAAGCAUGAGAUGGAUGCUUACAUACAUGUAAGUAAGGCAGGCUGGUAAUUAGGUGCAUAAACAAGGAACGAGAGCAAUGAAUUACUCCUAGUUAGUUUUAUCUUCAUUAAUAUCAACGAUCUUCAUGAUAGACCAAAAAACGGUUUUGUUUCCGUGUGUUUGUUUUACAACCUUGUGUACCAUGAUGCUGUUGUAAGUUUGCUGGCUAGAUGUUGUGUAACAGUGCAUUGGAGAUUAUGGUUGGACAGCAAGAUCUUUUUUUGGAGGAUAGGAAGGAGACAAAUCAGGCGCCGGAUGCAUCCGCCCUGUGCUGGCUCUUUAUUUGGUUUGUCCACUACAAGAAAAAUCCACAAUCAAAAAAUUUUUGCAAUGCUAUUUUUAAGGGGUGUCAUAAGAUAUUGAAACGUGUCUAUAUAUCUCGUUUAGACAAAAGAUGUCUCUCGGGAAAAGGUCAUCCAGAAGUCUAUCAGACUGAACUACAGCAUCACUGCUGUGAAUUAUAAAACACAUAAUAUGAGAGUGGCAGUGCGUGAGGCAGGAUUGGAACAGCAUAUUAAGUGCUUUACACAUACUAUAAACCUUGUUAUCCAACCUACAUCGGUGUACCCAGCAUCACUCGUCACUCUGCGGGAGCUUUUUUUCAUCAGUUCAAUUAAUUCUACAUUUUAUGAAAUUUAGCUAAAGAUUUGUCAGAUCAAAAUGCCAUCGCUAAAUAUGAUUUGUCAAAACGUGUAAUUAAUUACUUCCUGGUGUGGCACACUAAGCAUCAUGGAAACUAAUCUACUGCAGUCUAUCCUAUUUUACCUGUCUUUACAUAACUCCCCGUCAACAUAAAGGAUUAGUAGUAGCAGCUACAACAGCCGUCGUUAUUUUAACUUUUAUCAUUUUAAUUUUUUGUUUCAAUUGUGGCAAAAAGUUCAACAGUUAAAAGCAUCAUGCGUCAGUCAUGCAUGGAGUUAUAAAACAUUUCAAAAUGUACCUGCAUUGUUUUUGUGACUCCGUUUAAUUUUUUUUUAAAAGCUUUGUUUGUCCAGUCAUAUACUUUGUCAUUGUUUUGUUAAAAGUAAUGUUAAAAAUAUCCUCUCGUCUCGUGUGCUGGGUCUAUCAUGACACCCCUACUAUUCUUGUAUAAUUUCAUUGCUGGCCCACCUUCACGUGACAGCCUUUUUAGUACAUCUUUUCAAAGUUAAGUGUCCUCUAAGGCAGGGGUUCUUAACAUUUUUGACCUGGGGGCCCAUGCAAAUAUUAACACUGCUGGUUUGGUUUGAUUUACAAGCAUCCGAUGUCAACAACAGUGCAACGUGAGUCCUUCAUUGAAAUGGCAGCAUCUGUUUGUGAGCACCUCUUUAAUUAAUAUAUAUAUAUAUAUAUAUAUAGCAUUGAAAAUCCUGUCGGCGGAAACAGAUUCAGCGUUAAAUACUUCACCAUCGUUGCCACACAUUGGAGCUGACUGAGGCAUUACUGCCACCAAGUGGUUGCAGACCGUUUUGUCUCAUCAAUAACUAUCUCUGCCGUAUUGAAUUGAUGACUUAUGCUGUCCCGCACCCCCAGUGUUAAGCGGUAUUGCUCUAAGGCAAGCAGCAGUAAUAACUUUCGUAGCUUUUAAGCAAUGGUGUGUGUUUGUGUGUUUAGGUUGAAUAAUAUCACCAAGGCAGAGCCAUAAGUUAGGACAUUAAUUACACCUUUUUUUAAAUAGUUGAUCUGGCUUGUUAUUUGACAGCACGACUUAAAGGCGGCUCGACGCAGCGAAAGUGUGCCUAAUAAAGUGUCUGGUCACAGGUGUAGGUUUGGAAAAAGGAACCAAAGACGUCACAGCCGAUAAUAGACACCCGCGUGUCCAGAGGGCCUUUAUUGUUGUUACGACAUGGCGGUGACAGCACAUGACUCCAUUGUGUGACAGUAAAAGGAGGGAGAGAGGUAUGCCACCUCGUUUAAACUCUUUAAACUGACUUUGCAGCCAUGUUUGAAUGUAUUAGUACGUUCUGACAGGCUCAUACCUCAACUGUUAGGGUAUCUUUUUGCGCAAGUCUAGACGGGCUGGUUUUGUUACAAUGCUUCAAAAUGAUAUUAGGUCAAGCCUUCUCACUUAUGCAUUUUGCAAGCUCUGCUUUACACCCUUGUGUGUCUUAUUGCACUAGACGAAUUGCUUUUUUAAGGUGGGUAGCCUCAAAGGUGGUGGUGCAUACUUAUCAUACUGUACUGUAAUCAUUUGUCUGGAUUGUUUUAUCCUGACUGCUCGUACACACUUAAGCCUCACAAACAGUCCUGUCUGGAUGCUUUAUUCCAGCUUCGAUCCUUAAUGUGUGUAUGCAUGUGUUGUUCUAUAAAAAAACAGCUUGUUCUAUGACAAACAGCUUUAUUUGUAUGUGUGUGUGUGCGUGUGUGUGUGUGUGCGUGCGUGCGUGCGUGUGUGUGUGUCAGCGAGCCUGUUCCGACUCCGUGAAGGAACAUUGGCACAUGUCGCCUGUACAUGCUUUACUGUAGCAUCAAGUUAAGAACGCAUACAUUUAGCUUAAAAAGAGGCUUUUUUAUUAACACCCCUGCUUUAAUUUUAAUUCUAACUAAUCUUUUAAAGAGUUGUCGCAAAAGGAGGAGCUUGUCGAGUCUGUGUGAUGUUGUGGUUAAUAAUAAGGUGUAUGGCAGCAGUUUUAUAACGAUGAAAUAAA